AUGGGUGCCCCAGUCUUGCCAAGAAAGGCCAUGAAGGCCAAGGAGCCCUUGCGCAUCCUUUGUAUUGGACUGGGCGGUGGCACUGUUCCGUCUUUCUAUGCGGAGAGCCUACCUCACUGCCAGGUCGAUGUCGUCGAAUUGGAGCCUGCUGUGGUGCACGCUGCCAAGGAGGGCAUGGGCUUUCGUGAGUGGCCGAAUCUGCGGGUCUUCCUGGAGGACGGAGUCACUUUCGCACAGAGGAAGGUCCAGGAAGGAGCCACAGACGUUGGAGUCUAUGAUGCCGUUCUCGUCGAUGCAUACGAUCCAGAUGGAAACGUGCCUGAAGCUUUGUGGAACAGGGGCGAGGGUUUGGUUGAAGCCCUUUCCGAUGGCCUCCUACGGCGGUGUGGCGUUGUGGCCACCAACUUUCUGCCACAUGUUGAUUUGGCAGCCCCACUAGCCGCGUACAGCGGAGCCUUGAGUUCACAUGGCUCCGGCAGAAGCUUUUCAAUUCAGGUCAACAAACCUGUCGACCCAGAGAAUGACUUGGAGAAAAUCUUUGAUGUUGAAGGUACAGGGAACCGUAUUGCAGUGCAUAUUUGCGGUGCUCCGCCAGAACUGGCCGACGGUCCGCUGCCAGUGUUGGAGGAUCGGCUCAAACAGGAGGCCAAGAAGGUUGGAAUGGCAACCGGCUGUGUUUGGGACAUGCCUGACCUGGCUUGUCGAGGUCUGCGUGAUUGGCCGGCCGUCCAAGCAGCCGAUGAAGUCAAGAUUUUUUCCAUGUAG